AUGGAAAACGCCCACAGCCAAAACGGCCGAGGAAUGUUUGGCCUUUUUUGGGGUGACCGAGAGCGUCGGGCUCAGCCCCGAGCAGGUCAAGAGGAGCCUGGAGAAAUACGGACCCAAUGGCAUUUCUGGGGAUUUUGGGGGAAUUUUUGGGGUUUUUGGGGUGACCGAGAGCGUCGGGCUCAGCCCCGAGCAGGUCAAGAGGAGCCUGGAGAAAUACGGACCCAAUGAGCUGCCAGCAGAGGAAGGUAAAUCCAUCUGGGAGUUGGUGGUGGAGCAGUUCGAGGAUCUCCUGGUGCGGAUUCUGCUCCUGGCCGCCUGCAUCUCCUUCGUGCUGGCCUGGUUCGAGGAGGGCGAGGAAACCAUCACGGCCUUCGUCGAGCCCUUCGUCAUCCUCCUCAUCCUCAUCGCCAACGCCGUCGUCGGCGUCUGGCAGGAGCGGAAUGCCGAGAACGCCAUCGAGGCCCUCAAGGAGUUGUGUCCCCAAUGA